AUGGAGUUACUUCAAGUCUUAUCUGAAGAUGAGUUUCCAGUUAAGACCUAUUCAAUGAGUUUAAUCGAUGUAGAACUGUUCCUUAAGACUAGAGGGUCACAUAUUCAUGCUUAUCAUCCUGAAUUAGAGAAGAAGAUUCAAGAGAUAGGGGGAAUAAUGCGAGUAGCUGCCACUAAAGGAGCAGUUAGUGUGGAAAGAUUCCUGGAUGGACUAUUCCAGGAAAAGUUAGUGGCGUAUGGUGAGGGACAAGUUAAGGCAGCCGUGGAAUUAUUUGAUCAACAAUUACAAGAUAAGUUCCGGCGGGUUGAGAAACAGAUUCUUUCGGCACCUAAACCCAGACAGUUUAAGAUAAGGAAGGAAGAGUUUACUGAAAUGAUUAUUGCUGGAUGUCGGGCUGUACGUGGGGGUCGACCGGCUAGUCGAACUAUGUUUUCAUCCGAUAUGCUUUAUGACGUGUACGUGUACGCUCAGGAGGGUCAAAGUGCUUUGCAGUUCCUGGAAUUACAGCAUAGGGAUAAAGUCUUAGGAGAAAGGAGUUUAGAGGCAGUUAGUGCCUAUGCUAAUAGUAGGUAUAGUCGGAGUAUGUUUAAAAUUGAGAUGUAUAACAACCGGGCGAUGUUUAUUGAACUGUUUCAUUGUUUAAGAGCGGGAAUGUAUGAGGAGGCUGUUCAGUUUGUAGAGAGUCAUGAAGGAUUCUUUACUGAGAUUCGGCGUAAUUUCACUGAGGCCUUACUGCGCUGGAUGUACGAUAUGGGAAUGAGUAGUAAACGGGUUGAGAAGACAACGGGCUGGGAAGAGACACCGACGGAAGAGGACGAUCCGUUUAAGUUAUGGUUCUUCCAGUUGUUUAGUGGUGAUAGUCGGGCACCACGAGCUGUUCUGGCUACUUUAGAGGACUUCUUAUGGAACCAGAUUCUAGCUGGUGAGACUCAGAAACGACUGAACGGUCGGUUGGUAGGUAAUGAAGUAGAGACUUUCCGAGUACUGUGUGGGGCUAUUUCUUCUUCUAAGUUGUUUGCCGCGGCGAUGGUUUUGGGGCAAUGGAAAGAUGCACUGGAAAUCUUGCAUGAUGAGAGUUUUAAGACGGCGGAAGUCUUGUUCCUGGCCUUAGCUAUUGCCCGACGGAUUGCGGUGGCUAAACCGGGGAGUUUACCGGUGAAACGGGGUCGGGUGGAGAAGAAUGAGGUCGGACAAGCGAUUGAUUUGUUUGUGAAGAUAGUCCAACGCGUAUCUUCUUUGUUCUUGAAACCAGAAGAGAAACUAAGUGUAGUACAGUUAGUGGUGCCAUUUAUUGCCGUGGACUGGGUGGAGGACUUAGUGGCGGAAGUAUUUAUUGCGGCGGAAGAGUUUGGAGUGCUUGGGGGUCUGGAUGGACAGGGUAGAAAACAUCCCAGUACCUUACAGGAGUAUAUUGACAUUCCAUUGGGAGCGGUAAUAGAGAAGAUUUCGGUUUACUACAUGCAUGGCGGUGAUUUGCAAAAGGCAUUGAAAGUUUCCUAUUUGGGUAAUGGUCAGAAAACAUUGGAGAUUUUGAUUAAGAUCUUAACUGAUAAGAUUAAGAAGAAAGCUUUUAGUGAGGAUGGAUUGCAAUCUAUUGUGGAACACUUUAAUAAUCGGACGACUAAUAUUCUGUGGUCUUUAAUUGCCGUAGGCCAGGUAGAGAGUAGUGGGGAAUUAGCUACGGCGAUUCGUAGUACCGGACUAAUUCCAGAUACGGAGACGAGUAGUGUAUUUAAGAAGGCCCAAAGUAUUAAUGACAUGCCGGCUGAAGUUCAAGCGGCUAUUCCAUUUGGGCUGGCAGUUAUUGCGCGGAAGAUAGCCGAAUUCCCUAGUGAGGAGAACCGUAAACUGGGCAAGGCCGUGUUACUACUAGCGGGUAUGCUUGAGGUAGAUACGCAAAUAACUCAAGAAAUUGUUUCGGCUAUCUCAAUCAUGCUCUAA